AUGUCUUUUUAUACCUACUACGGAAAGCUCAAGGAUGAGCUUUUCGUGGCUGUUCUUCCCAACGGCACCGUCGAGCUUGAGGACCAGGUCCACCUCUACUUCCAGAAGCGACUCAUUACCUACCGUGUCCAGGAUGUCGAUGUCACCGACGAUGGCGAGGACCGCUUCGCCCUCCAAGACGGCUACUACAACUUCGAAGCCGUCACUUCAAAGGCGUACAAAGAGAUCAAGCUGACUCGAACAUGCCGCAGUGGUGGUGAAGUUGCUACCGUUGCGCUGACCCGCCACUACGACCAAGUCCAGACGGCCAGCCCCACUUCGCGUCCCAAGAUCUGGACGGGUACCAUCGACUUCCACGAGUGGGCGAAGAAUGAAUCGUUUGCUAUCAUUGCGCCUCAGGGUCUAGGCAAUUCAAAGCCUGUCGUUGCCAUCUGGCAGUGGUCCAAGGACAACAAAGAUGUUGCUAAAACGCUCUCAUAUGGUGUCAGCAAGCAGGUGUCUGAAGCCGAAACCCCAGCCAAGUUCUCAUUCACGCAGAACGAAUACUAUACCUUGGACUGCCAGGUCGUUACUGCCACCAAAGGUCUCACAGUUACCGUCAGGGGUCCCAGCAACGCUGCUAAGGCGCAAAAAGAGCUAGAACUAGCCCCGUAUACCGAAGGUGCAGAGCACCGUUUCACACCGCCACGAUCACGCCAGGAGAAGAUAUCCCUGGAGUGCAGUCUGCCAAACGCUAAGCCGGCACUACCAAGGAUCAAUGCUGCUCUGCCGUUCCCUGCCGACCUCGUGGAGACCCUGAGCUACUCUGCUGCAUACGUUGAUCAGGCCGGCUACUUGGCCAAAUAUGCUGUCAAGCAAUUUGAGAAACUUGAUCGUUCAUACCAUCUCCUUGAGAAGAAGGCCGAGGCUCGUGUUACCAAGGUGGCGAAGCUUGAGGGCGAUGUUGCUGGCCUUACAACAGACAACCAUGGUUUGACUGAGCGCAACAAGGACCUGGAAGCCAAGAUGGACAAGGAACGCAAGGAAGUGGCGAAAGCCAAAGCAGAUCUCCAAGAGGACCUUCGCAAAGUCCAGGCAGCUCUCAAAGCGUCGCAAGACAGGGAGAAGGAGCUCGAGCAGGAGAAGGCUCAACUCGAGGAAUACAUUGACAAGGACAAGUUGGCAGACAUUGAGCGCGAACGAAAGCAUCGCAAGCACGAGGAAGCGCACCGUAGGCACGAGGAACAGCACCGCAAACACGAGGCAGAAGACCACAAGGCCAUUGAUCUUGCUCACGCAUCACUAAGGAAGGCCGAGGAACUUGCGAGAAAGUUGAAGGAGGAUUCGGACUGCAAGGAUGAGACAAUUCGGGCCUUGGAGAUGGCAUUGACAGCCCUAAGACAGAAAGUGAAGACACUGGAGGCGGACGUUUCACGGUUGAACGGAGCCUUGACAUCGGAGAAGAAGGAAAAGGCCGAGAUUCAGCGCCAGCUUGAGGAUUGGAAGCACAAGCUGUCCAUCGCCGAGGAGGGUCUGAAGCAUCUCAGGUCCGAACUCAAGAAGGCACAGGACGAUCUUGCAGAGGAGAAGAAGUGCUCCGCGUACCUGAUCAAACAGCAUGAGGAUGACAUUAGCGAGCACAAGAAGAAGGUUAGUGGCCUUGAGGCUCAGAUCGACGAGUUGAAGACCGAGGCCAGCAAACAGGAAAAGAAGUACGAGUUACUCCGAGCGGCCAAGAAGGAGUUGAAGGAAGCACUGGACAAGGCGGAGAACGUCCGCGAAGCAGCGGAGGAUGAGCUCGCGGACUACAAGAAGAAGCAAAAGCUAGUGCCAGACAGCCAGCUUCAGACUGACUUCAAGAACCUGCAAGCUCGUUACGAGGAAUUGCGCAAGCACGAGAGCGAACGGCACCACAAGUCGGGUGUCACUGCAGCCGUUGUAGAGAUCACCAGCUCGUGA